AUGAUCCUGUCUAACUCCACCACUGUGGUGCCCUUUCUGGCCACGCUGUGGCAGGAGACAGCCGAACAGGGCAGCAACGUGUCGGGCCUGGCUCGCAAGUCUCAGCUCCGAGAUGACAGCAAGCUAGAAGCUCUCUACAUCCUCAUGGUACUGGGUUUCUUUGGCUUCUUCACCCUGGGCAUCAUGCUGAGCUACAUCCGGUCUAAGAAACUGGAGCAUUCUCACGACCCCUUCAAUGUGUACAUCGAGUCGGAUGCCUGGCAGGAGAAAGACAAGGCCUUCUUCCAGGCCCGUGUUCUGGAGAGCUGCAGGGCUUGCUACAUCAUUGAGAACCAGGUGGCUGUAGAACAGCCUGUCACACACCUUCCUGAACUGAAGCCUCUGUCAUGAACCCCAUAGCUCGUUAAUAGACAAACCCUGCAUGGGACAAUCUGGUCCCUCUAGUCACACGCCUGUCAUAGUCUUUAUUGUAGGGGUACCAUUGCAUUUUUUGCUA